CAACGGGACUGGGCUCGUCACAGGUCACGUGUGUGUGUUUGUAGCACUUACCUUACGUCCAUAGCGGCGUAUCAUCAGUUUGACCAUACAUUCUCAAAAUGGAUACAGAACAUGCAGAACAAACUUCGCAAUAAAAAGCAAGUUCCAGCACUUCGGUACCUUGCCCCGCUACAGCGAGGAUGUUCCCUAGCCUGGCCCACCGACCAUGGCAUGCCUUCUGCAGGGCGUCCAUGCAGCACAGGGUGCCCCUGUCGCAACGCUCCCCGAGGCUCCCUCAGCUGUGCUACGGUUGGCAGAGUGCUGGCAUACACAACAUGUGGUUCGGCCUUCCAGACUGCCGUGUUGCUUCUCUAGGGCUGGGAAAGGUGCAGUACUACUCUACCUCUGGCAACAGUAAAGAUGAUCCCCCAAAACCUGCGCCAGGUGAUGCUCCGUCAGCACAGCAGGUCCUGUCUGCUGCUUCCAUCCCAGUUUCAACAGAGUCAACACCUCAGGGGCUGACGAAGGCUGAGACAAUUCAGGUGAAAGUUCGGGCAGUCCUGAAGAAAAGGGAAUAUGGAGCCAAGUACACAAUGAACAACUUCAUCACAGCCGUCAGAGCCAUGAAUGAGUUCUGCCUCAAACCAAGUGAUCUGGAACAGCUCCGGAAGAUCAGAAGACGCAGCCCCCAUGACGACACCGAGGCUUUCACUGUGUUUCUGCGCUCAGACGUGGAGGCCAAAGCUCUGGAGGUGUGGGGGAGCCAUGAAGCUCUAGCCCGAGAGAAAAAUCUCAGGAAAGAAGUGGAGAGAGAGUACCAAGAGACAGAUAUUUUUCGGAAUCAGCAGCUGUUGAAGGAAUACAAAGACUUUUGGGGAAACACUAAGCCUCGAUCAGGACCGAGGGCGCAUUUCCUACAAGGACCAGGAAAGGUAGUCAUGGUGGCUAUUUGCAUCAAUGGGUUGAACUUCAUCUUCAAACUCCUGGCUUGGGUUUACACCGGAUCAGCCAGCAUGUUCUCAGAAGCCAUCCACUCUCUGGCCGACACCUGCAACCAGGCUCUGCUCGCCCUGGGGAUCAGCCAGUCUGUCCGCAACCCAGAUGCAGGGCACCCGUACGGCUUCUCCAACAUGCGCUACAUUGCCUCCCUGAUCAGCGGGGUGGGCAUCUUCAUGAUGGGAGCGGGCCUCUCCUGGUACCAUGGCAUCAUGGGCCUGCUGCACCCACAGCCCAUACAGUCUUUGUUAUGGGCCUACUGUAUUUUGGCCGGCUCUCUGGUGUCUGAAGGAGCCACGUUACUAGUGGCCAUCAAUGAGAUAAAGAGGAGCGCCGGGAUACAUGGAGUAUCUUUUUAUGAAUAUGUAAUGCAGAGUCGAGACCCCAGCACUAAUGUGGUGCUGCUGGAGGAUGCUGCUGCUGUGUUAGGAGUCAUCAUGGCCGCCAGCUGCAUGGGGCUCACCUCACUCACAGGUAACCCUUACUACGACAGUCUGGGCUCUCUGGGUGUGGGCACCUUGCUGGGCACCGUCUCAGCCUUCCUCAUCUACACAAACACAGAGGCUCUGCUGGGUCGCUCCAUCCAGCCCGACCGUGUGCAGAAGCUUACCGAGUUCCUGGAGAACGACCCUGCAGUCAGGGCCAUCCACGAUGUGAAGGCCACUGAUCUGGGGCUGAGCAAAGUCCGCUUCAAGGCUGAAGUUGACUUUGAUGGCCGAGUGGUGACACGGUCUUAUCUGGAAAAACAAGACAUUGACAUGAUCCUUAAUGAAAUUCAGCUGGUGAAGACCCCCGAGGAGCUGGAGAGCUUCAUGCUGAAACACGGGGAGAACAUCAUUGACACCCUGGGAGCCGAGGUGGACCGCUUGGAGAAAGAACUCAAGCAACGUAACCCGGAGGUCCGUCAUGUAGAUUUGGAGAUCCUAUAAUAGCUGGCGGGUGUUUGCUGAGGAACAUCGUGCUGUAACAAGAAGAGGAUAACUUGAAAGGAGGGUCCUGUCUGCCUUCACUAUUUGCCUCCAAUCCUGACCACCAAGAACAAACCUCCGUCUCUGUACAACUCAAGUCUUACUGUAGAACAGACCACAACCUUACCUGAGGACAGUGAUUGGGACAUUAUUUUGCUUUCUUUGUGAUGCUUGAACUUCCAUUAGCUGAGAAUUCAUCCUGCCAGAGAGGCACCUUCACAUCUGAGUGUGAGUGUUUCUGGCUGAGGACUAAGAACUGUCAUUGGUCUCCUUGACUUUAAAGAUACAUUUAAAACUGUGUUGCAGUUCACAUAAUCUUCUGGUUGUUUGAUUGAACUCACAUUCCUGUGUGAAUGUGUUUGGAUUGUGGUUGAAAACAGAAAAGUAUAUCAAGGAACAGGACCAGUAUCAUUUACUAGACUUGAACUUCACUAUGUUGUGACGCUUGAACUACAGUGCUAGUGUUUCCUUAAUUAGUACAAAAGGAAAUCUGAGAUACAUAUUCAAACAAGAUUUAUUUAACCUCUAGACAAUAUUAGAUGUCAAUUUUCUUUUAAUGUAAAAACUGCAGAACUGAAAACAGCACAGUGCCGCUGCAGGUUCUACAAUGAAGAGAGUUUGUGAUGACUAGAUUGUAUCUGCUAUUACACCGAGGAACAUACAAAUUAAAAGGGGUGAGAAAGACUUCCUUUUAUUAUACGCUAGAGUGAAUUGAAGUUAAAUACAGUAGCACUUAUUAAGCAUUAGCUUUUGCAAACAAAUAGAAAACAGGGUGUAUCACUUCAAAUCAAUGUAUUCCUGCAAUAUUAUGAAGACAAUUUGAGAGUCUGACUAACAAAUGUAUCAAUUAUCCAUUUAUUGGACAUGAUGAUCUUUAUAUAAUGUCAAAUUGAACGUGUGAACAUAGUUCCAAGCCAGGAAAUGACAUUAAAGGCAGUGGCACCUCUCUCUUACACUUCAUUACUCUCUGCCAGCUCUUAACGUUGAUGUUCUCAUGAGGUCUGGCUGAUCAGCAGGUGGCCAUUAGUACUGCUCCAAAGAUGAAGUGAUGGAGGGAUGCACAAGUGUAAAUAAGAUAUCCAUAUUGAAAAAUGAUUGGGCCAGCCCCGUCUCAAACAGGUUUUUAAUAAUUCAUAACGACACCCCGGUACAGUUUGUAUCAAAUGAUCAAGUGAACUAUCUCUUACUUGGUGUUACUGCUGAAUAAUGUGUUUGCUACAUACAGUGACUUUGCUUUUUGCUUUUCAUUCUGCAUUUACUUCCGCCGGUCACAGCCCGGGAACACCUGCUGUUUAAACAUGCUCCUCUUCUUCAGGAGGUCGGGCCUGGAGAGCUCUGCUGGGAGGGUGGAUAUAUAUUUUUGAAGGUGUUAAUAGUGUAAUAUUUCCCGUCGGUUGUAAACAUGUUGCUGAAGGAGUUGGAAUAAAUUUGUAAUAAUUUAUUAAAUUAUUUUGCUUUC